ACAAAUACUUAUUUCCAACUGCUCUACCAACAAAUUUCAUAAUAUUAGAAGGUUGAAAGGGCUUUUGUAUGUUCUGAUUCAUUUUUAUCCCUCGUAUUGUCUUUUUCAAAAUGUUCGACGGGUAUCCAUUAGCCCUAAAGAUUCGUAUAUAGUAACUUAGUUCUUUUUCAAAUAAUUCAUAGUCCUGUGUGAGUGGCCUUUCUAUAUACGUAAGUGAUCAGUUCAUCAUUAUUGAAUCGUUCAACCAUUACAUCCAAAAAUGACAAUUUAUUCCGAUUUUGUACUUCUACUGUAAACUUAAUACGUGUGUCAAGUUUAUUCAUGAAUUUCAAUAAACCAUGAAUGUCUUUCUGGGUACCAUGAAUAAUGGCAAAAACGUCAUCAACGUAUCUCAAGUAAAGAUCCGGUUUUCUUCCCCUGUAAUUGUCUAUUUCUUUUUCGAUUUCAUUCAUGAAUAAGUUCGCCAUAACAGGGGCAAGAGGACUACCCAUGGACACACCAUUAACUUGAUCAUAAUUUUUAUGAUCAAAUAUGAAAUUUGUCUUUUUUGUACAAAAAUAAUAGUUCACGUAGGUUUUUGUCAUCGAUUUUCCAUUUUGGAUGAACAUACAGAAGCCCUGUCAACCUUCUAAUAUUAGAUGCCAUUACAUUUCAUUUCCGUACUAUAAUACUGUUUCAUUGGUCUUGGCAAAUAAACUGAAACAUUUUCUGCAAAGUCCAAUGAAAAAGGUGAAUUUUGGUUUUAAAGCUGUACACACAAUAUCAUCUAUAUUUAGUAGGUCAUUUCGUGUGUCAUGUGAUUUUAAGAGAGUAGUUUACAAAUAUGACUGCUACGGAUGUAUGAAUAGUUAUAUAGCACAGACAGCGAGAGGCGUAAUAAAAAGAAAAGAGGAACACCAGAAUGCAUUUUUUGGAACAGGGUUUUCCAGGAUAGCGGUUCAUUGCUUAAACACAGGUCAUCUUACUAACUGGAACCCCGUAAAUUCUUGCAGUUGACUCACAUCUUAUAAGAAGAACUAUUAAAGAGAGCUUGUUGAUGAACAUUCAUAUUGAUCAAAAGAUAAGACUAAUUUAUUCUCAAAAAAGCUUUGAACUUAACGUAUUUUGACGACGCAUAAUUCGGUCGUCAUAUAUUGUGAAAAAAGAAAAGUUGUAUUUUAUUUGUUGCGUUCUACAUACGUGUAUUUGUAUUUGUAUUUUAUCUUCUAUUUUAACCAACUUUCGUCUGUCACAUUUGACUGAGGAUGUCUUUUGAAUAAAGACGAAACGUCUCAAACAGAAAAUAGUCGAUUUUCAUGAUGAAAAGGGUUGUGUAUCUCUUAUUAUCUAAGUUGUUUAUUAUUUGAAAACAAACGAUUACGAAGAAAAUUGCUUCUAUUUCUGGUCAUCAAUCGCUGAUUUUCAAUAUCAUAUUGAUUUACAAGAUACUUUGAAUUAUUUCAAAGAAUUAUUUCGUUUAGCGAUCGAAGAACAUCGACGAGAGGAAGAAGGAAAACAUAAAUCAGCAUUACAACUUAUCGAUGAUUUGAUUGAACUAAAUCAAAGUCAACAAAAGUUUUUGAUUUUAUUCAAUCGAUUGAAAGAAGAAAUUCUACAAUCUUUAGGUCAAUACGAAAAUAUAUCCUGCUCGAAGUCAAUGAGACGAAAGAUCAACGAAAUCAUUUCGUCAAAUUUUGAUCUUGUCGAAAAACUUGAAAAGUUAAUUGCAACAGAUUGUUUAAACAUUGAUUUAGAAUUCGAUAAUCCAGAUGAUCAAGGCCAAUUUUAUGAAUAUUUAAAAGACGAAAAUCAAAGCGAACUUUUUUAUGCAACCAAUAUUUUCAUCGACCAUUCAUUAGACCACGAUUGUUGGCAUGGAAUCAAUUUAAUUUUUGCUUCGGAUACAGUUUAUUUCGUUCGAGAUGUGUCCGAAAAAGAGAUCACACUAGAUGUUAGUGGUCGACGAGGUGAAGAUGGUCGACAUGCUCAGCAUCGACAACAUGCAACGCGAACAAGUGAAGAUGAUCUCGACGGUUUACCAGGUGGAAAUGGAGAAGCUGGACAAAAUAGUGGACAUAUUUAUCCUAUCGCUAAAAGUAGGUUCGAUGGCAAAUCAAAUAUAGAUAAAUUGAUAACGUCAGGCUGUGAGGGCGGCGCGGGGGGGACUGGGGGCAAUGCUGGAAAUGGAACAAGCGGUAAUUUUGGGGCUAAUGCUGCUGAAGGAACGAUUUUUCCUGUUUUAACCCGUUAUUAUCUAGCCCGGGGAGAACGAGGCACUCGAGGAGGGCAUGGUGGUGUUGGUGGUGACGCUGGUCUCGCUGGACUUGGUGGACAUGCUGGACUGAUUUAUAUUGAAGAAAACCAAACGAAUAUUACUGACACGUUCAUUUCAUUGAUUGAAUCAAUUGCCAAACAAAAUAUCCAUGAUCAAGAUGGACAACCUGGUGAAGGUGGAAAAGGUGGUACAGGUGGCCGUGAUGGAUACGAUUAUCUUCUUUAUAGAACUCGUGUAUUCGGAAGGCCUAAGACAGUUCGAGGAUCUAUCUAUUGGAGAGGUCAUAAGAAUAUAUUUUGGUAUGCUGAAUUUUAUUUCACAUGUGAUAGACCAUCGAGAAAACCCGAUGGAAUCAACAAUGGUGCUGGAAAAUCAGCUGAUAUACAAUUACACUCGGGUAGAAUUCGUAACAAAUGCGAAAACAAAAAUCAAUCAAAUGAAGAACAAAUGAAAAACGAAUCGAAUGAAAUAAUCAACCGUCAUAAUGAAGUAUCGAAGAAUAUCUCCAAAGCAAUGAAUUUAUUCAAAGAUCAAAUGAGCGAUAUUCUCGAUGAACGACAAUUGAAAAUGAAAACACAACAAUUAUCCGAUUCGAUGUUGAAUCAUGCUUAUCAAGUAGUUCAACAAGCAUUGGCAUUAAAUAUAGUCAAAACGGAAAGUACAAUUUUGAAAACAUCGGAAAUGAAUUCGGAUGAUAAACAUGACCAAGUAUCAGUUCUAAACAAAAUUAAAUUCGAUCAGUCAGAACAGGAAAUGAUUAAAUUCAAAAAACUGAAUAUCAUUGCGGAUUUACAAUAUAAGUAUCAAAGGAAAAUCGAAGAUUUCCAUAUACAAUUAACUGAAAAUAUCAAUAGAAAAACAAAUCAAAUUAAAUCAUUGAAAUCCACGGGCAGAAAUCUUUUUUUCCAGACCGAUAUCGUCAAUAUUAGUAGUACACUUUUCAGUUUAAAACAAAAUCCAAUUCCACAACAACAUAAGCCAUUUCAAUUGAAUGAAUAUUUUCAACAAUUAAACGAACUCAAACGACAAAAACAAAAGUUCAUAAAAAUCAAAAAUCAAUUCAAUCAAUUCAAUAUCAAAGAAUUUAUUCAUAAUCUUUGUUUAGAAUUUGGAAAUGAAGAAAUCAUCAAGAAGAAAUUAAUGAUAUUCGAUGAAAUAUUUCACUUAAACAUCGUCGACAUCAAUGAUUUGAUUGAACGAAUUUAUUCACCAGACGAUUCUCAACCCGAAUUGAAUUUUCCCAAUGAACUUCGAACGAUUUCAUCUCAAAACAAAACGAAAUUCCAACAAUUCGAAUUCAAUCAAUAUUCGCCGAUCUACCACCAAUCUAACGAAGAACAAAUCAUCGAGAUUCAUCCAAUUGAAGAAUUAAUCAAUGAAUUUCUUCAUUCUAAAGAGAAAAAUCUUGAAUUAAUCAUUCGAAUAUUUCAUUCUUUAUCAUCGAUAAUUAAUUCUAAUCAAGAAAAUUUAUUCUGUAAGAAAAAAUUCGAGAAAUUUCUUUAUUUUUUAUUUAUUAAUCUCAUUUUCAUUCGAACUGAUUUCAAUCAUGGACAUUUAUUUCAUUCGAUGAAAAGAAUAUUAAAUUCAAUUCAAUUGAAUUAUUCAACAUCAUUAUUCAAUCGUUUACAACCCGUUCUUGUUCUCAAAGAAAAACAAUUUCAUGAGUUUCAAAAAUGUCUGGAGAAAAUUUAA